GAAGAAUUUCAUGGCCUAAAUGCCAAUAACCAUAUGACCUUGAGUAAUGCCAUUCAACACUUUCUCUUAUCAAGGUCAACCCCCAAUAAGCUCGUCUCGACACAUAAAACAUUUACGAGCGUGAAAUUCCACCAAACUCGUUGCCAGGCAUCAAACCGAUUGACCGUGAACUAUCCACUAGGAUUGUUUAUCCUGAUAUCGAUUGUCCUGCCUGCAGUGCGAACCUUAUGUAACGGCAACCGUUGUUGGCGUAGUUGCAGCUGCAGUCGCAUGGCUGGUUUCAUCACGACGCGCGCCAUCAGCAGUACUCCGGCAGUGAUGGCCAUGAUACCGGGCAUCUACAAGCACCACCGCUGUCGGAACAACGUUUAUCCUCGGUGCGAUGUCCGACGCUAUCCGGUACCGGAUGAGAGCGUUUUCUGGUCCCAACCGUAUCCGGACUACCAACCGCCGCUGUACGAGGCCGCCGUGUUGAAGGACAAAGAGUGGGCUGAUCUUGAUGUCGAUGAUCCCGCCUUCGUAGGGAAAUGGAAUCAGCUGGACGGUGUAGUGAACCGGGUGAGCUUCGUCGGAGAGUACGAGGUGCGUGAUGGAUUUCCGAUGAACAUGUUCGGGCGAACCGGGCUUCGGGGUAGAGGUUUGUUGGGACGAUGGGGACCGAAUCAUGCGGCGGAUCCUGUUGUUACCAAGUGGAAGGUCGAUCAGGAUGGGAAACCGGUGGUGAGUGAGACAUCGGGAAGGCGACUGCUGCAGAUGUGUGCCAUUGAACGUCAUGACUGCGGGGAAUGGGCCAUUCCGGGAGGAAUGGUGGAUCCCGGGGAGAAGGUGAGUGCGACCUUGAAGCGUGAAUUCAUGGAGGAGGCCUUGAGUAGUAGCAGCGAUACGGAGGAGAUUGAGCGAUUUUUUAGCGGUGGAAAGGAGAUCUACAAGGGCUACGUGGACGACCCGCGGAACACGGAUAAUGCGUGGAUGGAAACGGUGGCGGUGAACUUCCAUGACGAGGAUGGAUCGAUCGUGGGUCGGUUCAACCUGCACGCCGGAGACGAUGCGGCCAAGGUCAAGUGGAUGGAUGUUGAUUCCGGAGUGAAACUAUACGCCAGUCACGCCAACAUAGUGAGACGGGUGGUCGAUGCGUUGGAUGCACAUUGGUAAGAAGGAGUUUCGGAUAAAGAACGAUUGUUACGUUGAACCCGUUGAAUUAUUGAGUAAAAUAAUAACAUGUAUUACAAUGUUGUAAUUUGAUUUUUAUGUUUUCAUA